GGAAUUUAACCUAAUUGUUAAGUUAAUUACCAUUUGUUCAUGUAGCUUGUGUACCAAUGAUCUUUUGAUAGCUUGUUUCAACCUGAACUCAGGAAUCAGGACGCAACGAUGGAUAGCGGGAAAGUUGUUUGGGCUCCGCACCCUGAACAUGGAUUCAUGCUGGGAACCAUCACUGAUAUUGGUCACAGCACAAUUACAGUUCAACCAUUUUCGAAAAAUGAAAAGCCCACGUCUGCCCCUUACAGCCAAGUGUUUCCAUCUGAACCAGACAAUAAUAAAGAGAUGGAUGACAAUUGUGCUCUCAUGUACCUCAAUGAAGCUACUCUUCUCCACAACCUGAGAGUGAGAUACAAAAAGGAUAAAAUUUAUACUUAUGUAGCUAACAUCUUGAUUGCUGUGAAUCCCUACAAAGAAAUUAAGAAGAUGUAUGAUGCUGAUUCCAUAAAAAAUUACAGGGGAAAAUCUCUGGGAGUGAUGCCACCUCACUGUUAUGCAAUAGCUGACAAAGCAUAUCGUGAUAUGAAAGUGAAUAAACUUUCACAAUCAAUGAUCGUGUCUGGUGAAAGUGGUGCCGGAAAAACUGAGAAUACAAAAUUCGUUUUAAAAUAUCUUGCGGAUUCGUAUGGAAGUGGAGAACAGAUAGAUAAAAGAAUUGUCCAAGCGAAUCCACUACUGGAAGCAUUUGGUAAUGCUAAAACUGUUCGUAACAACAACAGCAGCAGAUUUGGAAAAUUUGUUGAGAUUCAUUUCGAUGAAAAGAACAAAGUUGUCGGUGGUUUUGUAUCUCAUUAUUUGCUUGAAAAAUCACGAAUUGUGCUGCAAAACUCCAAGGAAAGAAAUUAUCACAUUUUUUAUAGACUGUGUUGUGGAGCACCACAAGAUAUUCAAGAGAAAUUACAUCUUAUGUCUCCAGAUAAAUUCAGAUAUCUUAGUAAUGGAUCCACCCAGUAUUUCCUGUCGAAAGAAAGUACGUCUAAAGUUGAUGCAAAACGCAUAUCAGCUGAGCACAAGAAAAAGGGAAGCCUCCAUGACCCAUUGCUGGACGAUUACAGAGAUUUCGCAAGGAUGCAAAGUUCGAUGGCAGAUAUUGGACUUUCUAAAGAUGAAAUGUUUCACUUGUUUCGAGUUGUUGCCGCAGUUUUACACCUCGGUAACGUCAAAUUUGAAGACAGUGGAGGAUCUUCAGGCGGUUGCAUGGUUUGUGACAGCAGUGUAGAAACUGUUCGCAUUGUUGCAAAAUUACUUGGACUUGAUCAAGAAGCCUUGACUGAAGCUCUCACUACAAGAUCUAUGACUUCUGCUGGAGAAACAAACACUAUAAAAGUACCUCUCAAAGAAGAGCAAGCAUCGAGUGCCAGAGAAGCUCUUGCUAAAGCAAUCUACUCUCAUUUAUUUGAUCAUGUCGUUGCUAGAAUCAAUGAAUGCUUUCCAUUUGAAUCUUCCCAAUGCUAUAUUGGAGUUCUAGAUAUUGCUGGAUUUGAAUACUUUGAAACCAACAGCUUCGAACAAUUUUGCAUCAACUAUUGUAACGAAAAACUUCAGCAAUUCUUCAACAUGAGAGUUUUGCACGAUGAACAAGAACUUUAUUCCAAGGAAGGAUUGGGAGUCCAUGAAGUGAAUUACACAGAUAAUCAAGACUGCAUUGAUCUGGUUGAAUCUCCCAAAGUAGGAAUCCUUGAUAUUCUUGAUGAAGAAAAUAAACUUCCUCGGCCAUCUCCUUCUAAUUUUACAUCUACUGUUCACAAGAAACAUUCAAAUCAUUUUCGCAUUUCGAUUCCUCGCAAAUCUCAGUUGACGAAGCAUCGUAAUCUCCGAGAUGAUGAAGGCUUUCUUAUACGUCAUUUUGCUGGAGCUGUUUGCUACCAAACUGCACAAUUUGUUGAAAAAAACAAUGACGCUCUCCAUCAUUCACUUGAAGUUCUUAUUUCAAGUAGUCAAGAUCAAUUGGUUCGUCGACUAUUUGAAAAUGGAAAUGCAAAAUCAACGAAAGGGAAACUUUCUUUUAUCAGUGUGGGAACUAAAUUCAAAAUCAAUCAAACUUUGAGGAAAGUUAAUUCACUUAAGUUUGUAAGUGUCAGUGCCUGUUUUCGGACCCAAUUGUCAAAAUUGUUGGAAAAAUUGAACACGACUGGAUCUAGUUUCAUAAGAUGUGUCAAACCCAACUUAGCAAUGAAGAAUGAUUUAUUUGAAGGAGCACAAAUUCUUAGUCAACUGCAGUGUGCAGGAAUGGUAUCUGUGCUUGAUCUCAUGCAAGGUGGUUUUCCAUCGAGAGCACAAUUCUCAGAUCUUUACGACAUGUACAAGAAGUUGAUGCCUGAGCAUAUGAAAAGAUUGGAUCCAAGAUUGUUCUGUAAGGCACUUUUCAAAGCUCUUGGACUCAAUGAGAAGGAUUUCAAGUUUGGGAUGACAAAGAUUUUUUUCAGACCAGGAAAGUUUGCUGAAUUUGAUGAACUUUUGCAUUCUGACCCACAACACUUGAAAGCUUUGAUCAAGAAGGUCCAGAAAUGGUUGCUCAGAGCAAGAUGGAGGAAAGUACAAUGGUGUUCUUUGACAGUCAUAAAACUCAAAAACAAAAUGGCAUGGAGACGAGCACAAUAUGUUCUCAUUCAGAAACGUGUGAGAGGAAUGAUUGCAAGAAAAAAACACAGACCUCGUAUCCAAGCUUUGAAGAUGUCCAUGCCACUUGUCAUACAAAUUACAAAAAUGCGUCAGCUGGCUGAAGGACUCAAAACAAAAGCAGAUAUGGUUGCUAAAGUCGACCUACAUGAGAAAAAUGUUCGUGCUCACAUGAACAAAAUUAAGUCGUCUGUUCUGCAACCAACUGUCAUGGAGGAUAGUUAUAAUAAGUUGAGAAAACAAGAAGAAGGCAUCAUCAAUGAAAUUCACAAGAAAUUACUUGCUGAAGCUGAGGCUGAAAGGGCAAGGAAGAUUAAGGAGGAAAUGGAACGUGAAAGAAAAAGGAGAGAGGAGGAGGAAGCAAGAAAGAAAAAGGAAGAAGAAGAGAGAGCCAGAAAGAAGAGAGAAGAAGAACAAAAUAAACGAUUAAAACUGGAAAUGGAAGCCAAAAGAAGGAAAGAAGAAGAGGAACGCAAGAAAAAGGAGGAGGAAGCAAGAAGAAUCGAGGCACAAAUGGCUGCGGAAAUGGAACGAGAGAGAAUCGAAGAAGAAAAAAGACAAGCCAUCAUAGAGCAGGAAAAACGUGACAGAGAACUUGCAUUGCGUAUUGCUCAAGAUGAGGGCCAACAAGUUAUUGAAGAAACACCCAAACCAUUCCAGAAACCGGACGAGCCAGGAGCAAAGGUCAUAUCCUCCAGUGGAAAGAACAUUGACUUGACAAAAUGGAAAUAUGCUGAUCUCAGAGAUACCAUUAAUACAUCAACAGACGUUGCACUGUUGGAAGCAUGUCGUGCUGAGUUUCAUCGAAGAUUAAAAGUCUAUCAUAAGUGGAAAAAUACAAAUAAAGCAAGAAAUCAAGGAAAUCAGGAUAAACAAGAGGAACGAGCACCGACUGAAAUUACUCAACAUGCUGCUCAUGGGGUCCAGCAGAGAGCUCUUCCAAAGAUACCACAAGCUGAAAUGAAAGCUCAGCGUUAUUUCCGUAUUCCGUUCAUUCGACCUGCUGAUCGUGGUGUAGAUGCAACCAUGCGUAAAAAAGGAUGGUGGUUCGCACAUUUCGAUGGACCAUAUAUCGCUCGACAAAUGGAAUUACAUCCUGAUAAAGUUCCACUUCUUCUAGUUGCUGGCAAGGAUGACAUUCAGAUAUGUGAAUUAACUCUUGAAGAAACUGGAUUAGCAAGAAAGAAAGGGGCUGAAAUACUACAGCACGAGUUUGAACAAGUAUGGGUUUCAAGUGGAGGAAGAGAGUAUUUACUUCGUGCUAUAGCAAAUAAACAAGCCAGGCCCACAUAUGCCACUGCUAUGAUGCAACAGGCUACUGCUAGAUAAGAAACCAAAGACAAAUUGACCAUGUCAUACGCGGUAUUAAAAUAUCGGGCAAUUUACAGUUUUUGUGCACUGUAUCUUCGUUGUUUUACUGAACUAGGCACCUUGUGUUUGACACUAUUUUCGUUUGGUUUUGCGAUUCAUUUCUGGGAGAAAUGUUCUAAAUUGAAUCUUUUCUUGCUAAAAUGCCAUGAUCAUGAUUUAAUUACAAUAUAGACACAUUUUAGUCCUAAAUUAUAAAUUUUGAAUACUGACAAUGGCAAUCUUGAAUAAAUAUUUGGAAUGUCAUUAUUCAUGAAUAAAUUAAAUUUUCUUGAUAAACUAAAUUUUUUAUUGUUUCCAAUCGUAUAUAUAUUUACAAUCGUAUGAUACCGGUACGUUAUUGCCUAAAACGUACACACUCUCUGUGAGUAGGUACUUUUCUUGUCUGUUUCUGAUGUAAAAAAUUGGAUGCCAUUACAGCAGAAGGUCAUCUUUAAUUUGUCGUCUACCCAGUCUAAGAUCUACCAAGUCUUAUCUAUUUAAGUUACGGAAAAUGGUCUCCCUCGCUGUCACAAGCUUGAGGUAGAUUUACCCUAUAGUGUGGUACAUCUUGCGCUAUUUUGGCACUAAAUAUUGUCUUAUUCAUUGGUGGUGAAAGAAUAAAACACUUCAUAUUUUCAUUGCCAAGUUUAUAUCGUCAUGCUGCUUCUAUAAUCAACCUGUAAUUAGCAUAGUGCAAUGAUUUUAGUAUAAUUCCAAGUGCAACUUUAUCAUAUGUGACUUUAUUAUAGUCAUCUAACAGAUAUUUUACAUUCGUGAUUAUCUACGUACUUUUCCUUCAAUAGAUAUUCUAUUGCCAACAUUAGUAUAAUUUUGGGCAAAAUUGUUCAUUGUGACAUAUUUUAUGCAAAAUGUUUUUAAAAUUGUGAUCACUGUAUUAUAUCAGUAACAUAAUAUUUAUCUGCGUAUCAUGAAAUACAUAAUCGGUUUUCGGUCGGCGAUGAAAUGAUUCUUUCAUGUUUUUUUCUGUCUUGCGAUACGUCAAAUUAAUCGCCUUUUUGUUUUGUAUGUCUUCAAUUAGUCUUGAAUGUUUAAUGUGAUUAGUUAGUUAAAUUAGCACUAUCAAUUAUAUAUAUUGAUUACUCAAUGAUUUUAGCACUUUUCAAUCUUAUUGCCUAUUAUUAAUUGUGUAUGUAUGAUUUUUCAAAUUGCCAAUUUCCUGUAGGUAUAUUUUCAAAACUGUAGUAUUUAAAAUCCUAGGUAUAUUGUAUUUAGCAUUUAAUUCACAUCAAAUGAUUGGAUUGAAAAAAUGAUUUGUUUUUGUAAAGGAAAAUUAUAAAUUGUAGACGCAGAGGUGUACCAGUAUUGUCAAAAUUUUGUACGGUACUGAUAAUAACAAAUUGCUUAUACCUAUGCUGUUGCCUUGGUUGAAUUCCUUUUCAAAUACUUUAUGCUCGUUUAUGGUAUCCAAUAUAUCAUUUAUGAAAUAUAUUAUCUAUGAGACGUAACAAUUUAUUUUAUAUUAUUCAUAAAUUGAAAAUAUUAGAAAAAUAUAGUCGUAUUACUUGCAUAUUUUCUCGAUUGAUUUUGAAUUUUCUGUAAUUUGUAGUUUUUUUUUUCCGCCAGCAUUUGAACCUCUGUCGUAGGCUUUUAGUACAAUUUAAAAUCGUCUGAUUUCUGUUUAUCUUUGAUUUUGUGGUGAAAUUUCUUCAAAUGUUAGUGAAUAAUAAAAAUGAAUGUAUGAUUAAAUAUCUGAGUGUUGUUAUUGAUAUGAAGAUUGGCACUGUUCAUCAGAAUGAAACGUUUUUAAUGAC